GUCAUGGGAUGUGGCGUCUCCAAGUCCAACAAUUUCCACAAAAACUCCAAGAAAGGUAACAGCACCAUACGAGCUGCUGCCCUGAUCCAGCGAUGGUACCGGCAGUACGUGGCCCGCACGGAGAUGAGGCGCAGAUACACCUGGCACAUCUUCCAGUCCAUCGAAUACUCGGAUCAGCAGGCCCAGAUCAAGCUUUAUAACUUCCUCGGUUACCUCAUGGACAACUUCACACCGACCAGCAGCGAACGAAAUUUGAUCGUGCGCAUCUUCAGAGAGAACGACGUUUGUCAGGACGCGGAGUGGGAGAGGCACUUCUGCUACAAGAACAUUGAGGUGCCGGAGAUUUACUCGGGGCCUCACCUCACCUUCCCUCUGACGGCGGACCAGGCCGUCGACCUCCUGGAGGCUUUCAGGAACAAGAAACAGUUGCACUCGCGCUACGUCUUACAACUGCUCCUGGAGACGUGGAAGCUGCUCCGCAUGUUGCCAAACAUCAACCGCAUAUCCACCUGCCAAAGCAAAGAAAUCACCAUCUGUGGUGACUUGCACGGACAGCUGGAGGACCUGCUGCUGAUUUUCUACAAGAACGGCGUGCCAUCCUUAGAGAAGCCGUACGUGUUUAAUGGAGACUUCGUAGACCGAGGCAAAGACUCCAUCGAGAUCCUCCUCAUCCUGUUUGCGUUCCUGCUCGUUUAUCCGUGUGACAUCUACCUCAACAGAGGAAACCACGAGGACCACAUGAUCAACCUGAGAUACGGCUUCACAAAGGAGGUGUUGACUAAAUAUAAGAUACACGGCAAACGGAUCCUCAAGCUGCUGCAGAAGAUUUUCAGCUGGUUGCCACUGGCAACGGUGAUUGACCAGAAGGUGCUGAUCCUCCACGGAGGCAUCUCUGACUCUACAGACCUCAGCCUCCUCGGCAGAGUGGACAGACACAUUUAUGUGUCGGCAAUGAGGCCUCCAAAGAUGAGGCGCCAGAACUUGGCGGCCAUGAAUGUGGACGCGGACGUGGACGAUGAGAUCCUCAACAAGUUCUGCCAGAGAAGGGCCUCGCUCACGUUUCCCAAAGUCCUCGGGAGCAAGGACUGCUUCCACAACCGCUCGCUGCAGGACUUCUCCGGCCGCGUCAAAGUGGACGCGGAGGACGGGCCGAAAAAGGCCGCGUCCGACGUGGGAGUCAACAAAUCAGACAAAGAAAAUUCCGGUUCCUCUGAAUCCGUCGGCAGCAACAAUCCCAACGAAGAGUGGAGGCAGAUCCUGGACCUGCUGUGGAGCGACCCGAUGAAUCAGAACGGCUGCAAACCCAACGAGGUGCGGGGCGGAGGCUGCUACUGGGGUCCCGAUGUCACCGAGGACUUCCUGAACAGACACAACCUGCAGCUCAUCAUCCGCUCCCACGAGUGCAAAGAGGAUGGUUAUGAGUUCUGCCACAACCGCAAGGUCCUAACGUUGUUCUCAGCCUCCAACUACUACGACGUGGGCAGCAACAGGGGGGCCUACGUGAAGAUGGGUCCAGACCUCGUGCCUUAUGUGAUUCAGUAUCAGGCCAGCAACCUGACCAGAGAGCUCACCGCCAGACAAAGUGUUGGGCGGUACGAGCGAUCAGCCCUGAAAGUUCUGCGGGAGCAGCUGUUCGCGCACAAGUCCGACCUCAUAUGUGCCUUCAAAAAGUUCGACAGCGAGAACACAGGCCUGGUGUCUCUGAACGACUGGGCGUCGGCGGUGGAGGGCGUGAUGCACCUCAGCCUGCCUUGGAGGAUGCUCCGCAGUCAGCUGGGCAGCUGCAAGACCAGCGACGGCUUGAUCAACUACCACGAGUGGUUCAACGAGCUCGCCAUCAAGGGACCCAACGCAGAUCACAUUGAGCAGAGUCUGCUGGAAACGCUGUACCGCCAUCGCUCCACUCUGGAGACCAUCUUCAGGAUCGUGGACACCGACAACUCAGGCUUCAUCACCAUGGAGGACUUCCGGCAGACGUGGAAGCUGCUGAGCGUCUACCUGAAGAUGGAGUUCACGGACGAGGCCAUCUCGGACCUGGCGGUCACCAUCGACAGCAACCAGGACGGCAGCAUCGACAUCGACGAGUUCAUGGAGGCCUUCCGGCUCACGGACAAGAAGAGCCGGCUGGAGCGGGGCCGCAGCAUGUUCAUGGGCACGGCGCCAGACCUCACCAAGCUGGAGGGAGAUCCCAACAUAUGAGCGGACAGGGAAGCCAAAGGCCGUCGACAGACUGUGAACAGACUGCUCUGACGGAGGCGGGGAGGACGGAGGGGGGAGCUGUAGCCGGCGUAAGCCGCUUCCGUGACGCACAUGACGACGCAGGAUGCUCCUGGGCGACAGCUGACGGCUCACAGUGGAUUAGGGGAGAGGCCGGAGAUCAAAGUCUGUGGUGGUGAAAGUUCAUCCCUGUAGCACCCUAUAAUGUAAUCAUUUCUUCAAAAUGGAAUAACGGCUGAAAAUGCAAUACAAUUUGCACUUAACUCAAUCGAAAAUGUAAUAAAACCCAAUAAUGUAAUAAAAUAUCCUGACGGAUAUUGUAAUAACAUUGUUACCAAUAAUGUAAUACCUUAUUACAUUAUUGGGAAUUUAUUACAUGGUACUCAAAGUCUGCAAUUUAACCCAAUAGUCAUUCAGUUGUUUCAAAUCCAGUGUAUAUAACAUUCUUAGAUACUUAAAACACAAAAUGUAGAACUCUGGACUGAAAAUGAACAUAUAUAUUACAAUAUUACAUUAUUUGUCAAGUAUUACAUUAUCAGUUUUGGAAAAUAAAAAAAAGACCCAACUGAAAAUGUA